ACACACACACACACACACACACACACACACACACAACCACACACACACAACCACACACACACACACACACACACACACACACACACACAAACACACACACCCACACACACUCACUCACACACAAACACACUAGCGCAUGCAUGUUCAGUGGACCUCAAUGGGUGAAGCUCCACAUGACGGAUUCAGACGUCUUGGAAUGACAGCCGCUGUCACAGAGAGUGACAGCUUUCCUCCUUCCUCCCCGCGCUCUUUGACCACCUCAGCCGUCCAGUGAUUCACUUCUUACCUUGCGGCCGCCAAACAGUGACACGGAUCUAGCGAGGACUAUGCCAGAGAUGGAGAAAGGGAGACCACCGGAAAAUAAACGCAGCAGGAAACCAGCGCACCCAGUCAAAAGAGAGAUCAACCAGGAGAUGAAGACGUUCGCUGAGAGCACCAUGAACGAGCUCCUGGGCUGGUACGGCUAUGACAAGGUGGAGCUCCGCGACUCAGAGGCCAGCGAGAUCCGGAACUACAGGGAGCGACGGCAGCAUGUGUCCGUGCUAAAGGAAAACUCAUUGCCAAAACCCAAAGGCGCGGAGAGCGAGGCGGGCCACUCGGUGCUGGCCAUGAAGAGUGGCGAGAGAGAGUCGACCAGCAUGCCCUGCUCCUCCUCCUCAUCUUCCUCACCAAGCUCAUCCCUGACCAGCCACAAAGAACACAAGAGUGCCCCGGUCAUCGUUCCCCUCAUAAAGCCCUCUGCAGUGGAGGAUGUGCAGAACGUGCAGAUCGUAUGUGUGUGGUGCCAGAAGGAGGGCGUGAAGCGCUACUCCCUCUGCAUGGGCUCCGAGCUCAAGAGCUUCUGCAGCGAGAAGUGCUUUGCCGCCUGCCGACGGGCCUACUUCAAACGCAACAAGGCCAGAGAUGAAGAUGUUAACGCAGACACGUCUCCCCAGCAUCCACACUCCGAAGACUCCCCGAGACUAGUGCUGAAAAUGAACAGUACUGUCAGGCCUCCGCAGUCUCUCUCCCCCGCGUCGCAGGUCUGCGAUUGGUGCAAGCACGUCCGCCACACCAAGGAGUACCUGGACUUUGGCUCCGGAGAGGAGAGGCUCCAGUUCUGCAGCACCAAGUGUCUGAACCAGUACAAGAUGGACGUCUUCUACCGGGAGGCCCGUGCGGCCCUUACCAGCACCCCUUCCUCCAGCUCCAGCCCGGGCCGGAGCGGCCAAGAGGGGCGGUCCGACAGCGGGCCAAAACUGCUCACUCCCGAGUCCUGGAGCAGCGGCGGCGGCGGCGGCGGCGGCGGUGGCGGCGGCCACGGUGGUGUGGGAGACCUCCGCCACAGAACCCGGUCGCCUAAAGGCCACACGCCUAGCCACGCCUCGGCGGCGUCCAGCUCCGUGUCGCCCUCCGAGGCGUCCUCCUCCUCCUCCUCCAAGGUGCCUGUCUCGGGGCUGAGGCUCCUGGAAAGGCCCAUGUCCCACCCCCCCCCGGCCCCCCCUCAGACCGCCGAGGGGAUGCCUCAUCGACCUCCCCAUCCUCACCCUCACCCUAACUCUCACCCCCACCCUCACCAGCGCUCAGUUCUGGACCACCCUCCGAUGCCCCCCAUGCCGAUGCCCUUCAUCAGACCGCCGCUCCACGCUCAGGGCCUGAAAAGCCCCCUCUCCCACCACCCCAGACACCCGGGCCCCCCGUCCAGCCCUAUCCAUCGAGCCCCCCACUCCCCCCACCCCCACAUGCAGCCCCCCCCGGUAGCCCCCGUCAACCCCCCCGGGCUGAUGCAUCCUUUCCUAGGGGCCUACUUCCCCGGCCUGCACUCCCCGCCCAUCAACAUGAUGCCCCGAGGACCCGUGCCCAUGCACCCCAUGAUGAACUUUGGUAUUCCCUCCUUCAGCCCUCUCCUGCCUCACCCCAUGGUGCUGGUGCCUUACCCCGUCAUAGUCCCGCUCCCUGUCCCCAUCCCCAUCCCCAUCCCCUUCCCCUUCCCCGUCCCCUGCCCGGCCCAGGCCCCCACCGUGGAGAAGCCCAGCCACGGCGGGGUGAUCCAGCCCGUGCCAGAGGACAGGAGCAGGGGCAGGGCCGCCAGACAGCCCUGCCCCCCCGGUUCUCCCAGCGACGCUCGGCAGCAAGCCCCCAGCACCUUGGUGCAAACACCCAUGCACGGGGUCCCCUCCGCGCACAGGGACCCCAACACGAGGGGUACGGAUUGGGUCAAAUCCGAGCGACCCUUCCCUUCCCCGAUAUCCACGCCCCACAGCCAGUUGUCCUCGCCCUGUCGACGAAACAACGAUUCCCCUUCCUCAGCCCCGGGACUAGAGGGCCUGAUUGACUGUAAGUCGGACCAGCAGCAGAACCAGCAGCAGCAGCAGCAGCAGCAGCAGCAGCCAGAGCGUCAGGUCAUCCAGAGAGUGCUUCAAAAUACCCAGGUGAAACUGGAGCCCAGCACCAAUGGAGCGGUGGACUUCUCUGGGCCAGGGGAGUCGGAGACUGGGCAGGGUACCAGACCAGGGCUCCAUGACAUCAUCAGACCAGCGCCUCUUGUAAAGCACUCCUCUGCAGAGGACAUUUCCUAUCACCAUCACAACACCGACGCCCCUCCCUCACACACCGCACCCAGCUCCAGAGGAAGCAGCCCUCCCUAUGACUCCGCCUCCUUUGGCCUGACGACUCCGGACCACGGCCCAAACAGGGCGUCCCCGUCGUCCCCCGGACCCCCGUCUCCUCCAGGCCCUGAGCCCGUCCCGGCCCAGACACAAGCUCCGCCCACACAAGUGGCGCUCGGCGAGUUGGAGGCCAUCAAAGAAAACAACUACUCGGCGGUGGGCGCCAUCAGGGCGGACCGCCCAGCCGGCCAAUCAGACGAGCCCGUGGCCGUGGUGGGGGAGGUGGGAGAGGACCCCCACGUCCCUGAUGAGGACCAUGCGUACGCUCUGCCGACGGCGCCAAAGACAGGGGGGGCCGCCACCCCUCUGCUGCUGCCCAAGCUGAGGGACAAGGGGGCGCUGCGUGGCGCCCCGACACUGGCCGCCGCGGCCGACACAGAGCCGGCGCUGAAGAGGCGCUGCCUGCGAAUCCGGGAUCAGAAUAAGUAGAGGGCUGAGGUGAGACAGUCUAAUGAACAGACUCCCUGUGUUCAACACUGUACCGCGGUGCCGGAGCCAGAGACGUGUUUGCUGCUUGUGGACAACAUCAGGGGGCCGGCGGCUGUAGCGCCACCCCCCGGCCCCCCGGCCCUCCAGCCCUGCAGCCCGGCCGACCCAGCAUGGUGCCAACAUCAACAGAAAAAAAACCCAGGAAGCCCCGCUUUAUCGCCAAUCUCCAAGCCCGCCAAGCCCCCCAAGUCGAGGCAAAGGGGCAGACCUGGAACAGGAGAGAGAGACAGGGCGAGCGACAGAGAGAGAGAGAACACGGGCAUCGCCGUUCCAGCUUGUCUCGGACCAAAGAAUAGAUAUUGACGGGGGGGGGGGACAGUGUGUGUCGUUCAGACAGUGUGUGAUGGGGUGCAUGAUCCCCCCCCCCCUUCCCUACCCCCACCCCACCACCCCCCUUACCCAAUGAUGUGACCGUAUGCCCUCAAGUGUGUCAGUGUGUGUGUGUGUGUGCGUGCGUGUGUGUGCGUGCAUGUGUGUGCGUGUGUGUGUGUGUGUGUGUGUGUGUGUGUGUGUGUGUGCGUGUGUGUUUGCGUGUGUGUGUGCAGCGGCCAGCCAGAUGCGUUCCCCACGCGUUCCUCCUCGGUGCGACGGCAGACAGGACUGGGACCAGCCUUGUGUGGUCUCCUCAGACGGAGGAGCCCGAACACGAUCUCUUUCCAGGGGAAACGGUUUGUUUUCCCCCGGCCCUCGCUCGCACAAAGAGACACAUUGUUCCUCCCGCCAUAUCCCACGCUGACUCCCCUCUCCAGGGCUUGGGUUACCUGGCCGACGGGCGCUCAGACUUCAGGAGCUUUUCUCUCCCCUUUUUUGUUUUCGUUUUUUGACCCCAAGCCAGGAAUAUCUCUGCCCACCGAUGAUCCCCCCCCCCCCUCCCCUUUUCUCCUGCCUCUCCCCUCCACCUCCCUCGUCUCCCCAUCCUCCCCCAGCCCCACCAUCUCGGACAGUCAAAUUAAAUAAGGGCAAAUGAUGUGACACACACACAGACAUACACACACACACAUCGAGGGUCCAUCCUUUAACCUGUGCUGGGAGGCAGGGGAGAUGUGGAGGCUGCAGUACCUCAGGGCGGUGCCCAGGCUGGUCUGAGACAGAGAGGGGGGAGGAGGGGGGAGGACGAGAGGGCCGUAGAGGCGGAGGACUGUGUUCUCAGAGAGAUGCUCCUGCCCCUUUUCUGACACAACCACAUGUCAAAGGAUAUCGACGGGCUGUGAGAACAGGUUUUCCAACCCCAAACAGUGUAAAGAUGGACUGAGACCACUGGGUGGACUCAGACUAGAGAGUAGCCCCUUAUACCAGUGUAUGUGUGGCGUAACGAGACAUCCUCAGAAUGACUCAGAUCAGCCAAAAACAGAGUUGAAGCCAAGAAUUUACAUUUAGAUGACGACGUUUAUAAAUCGUUCAUUGCUCUCGUUCAAGUGAAAUUCACAAAGACCAACUCUGAUUCUCGGUUUGUUGCGUUUGUGUCAUAGGCUCAAAUUAGGAUUUUGGAAAACAGGCUGGUCAUGUUACCGAACGCGGUAUUAUUUUCAAACGUCAAAUGGCUGCCAUAUGCAGUGAGCAGUAUUACUGAUCUCCUUGGUGGGAACAUCUCAUGAGAAUUUAUUUAGAGUACAUUUACCCAUUUUAUGAUUUCUGUUAAUUUGUUGUUGUGGUUUUGUCAAUCAUUACACAGAUAAUACUUUGACGCUAUAUUAACUUAUGAAUGGCAUCUGUUGAUAUUUUAAACCGCCUUGACUCGUUUGUUUCGUUAUUGUUUUUUGUAACAUUUUUUGUUGUUGCUUUUUCAGUUGAUGAUUGUAUUGUGCUGGUGCCUAAGCUUUUAUCUUCUGUUGUCUACAUGUUUGCUGUUUACCGUGUAUCCACUAGGAGGCAGUGUUUGCCUUUAGAAAUGUGCACCUUCCUACUUUCAUCGUGUAGGUGCAAUAGACUAGGCAACACUGCAUUCAGUGCCAACUAUUUGAUUCGUACACCUAUAAGAUUGUGUAGGCCUACCAGCCCUUUUCACUCACCAUAAGUGCAUACUUGCUGCAAUGUGUUAUAUUCAUAAUACCAUAUUUUGUGUUGACCAGUGCCUGAUAUAAUAUUAGCUGAAUACAAAGUCAAUGGGUUUAACUGUAAGAUAUAUAUAGGCAGCCUCUGUUUAAUUAUUUAGUACAACCCUUAGGCCUACACCUCGGAAGAGUUAUCAGUGUGACCUCUAUGCCUUCGUCGUAGAAUAACGCCUAAUUUGUCCUAUAUCUGCCAUUGCAGAAACAGCAUUCCAAAACAAAUGCCAAUUGUCUUUCUCUCUUUCUUUCAUUCUCCAUCUAUUUUCUGAGUGAGUGAGUGAGUGAGUGAGUGAGUGAGUGAGUGAGUGAGUGAGUGAGUGAGUGAGUGAGUGAGUGAGUGAGUGUGUGUGUGUGUGUGUGUGUGUGUGUGUGUGUGUGUGUCUUUUCAAUUUGCACAACCAUGCCCAAUCUUCCACCGGACAUGAUGUAAAAAAUAGGUCCCGCUGUGACGGUGCUGUGCUGUGUCAUCAGACUGGGCAGUGGACAGUGUCAACAACCUGUGUGACUAAUGAUAACGUCACUCCUUGCAAACAGCUGUUAUUUCCCUCUGUGGUGGUCUUUAAACUUUUCAACACUAAGUCAGGACGAAAUUUGAUACCGUUUGCAAAUGUCAUUAUUGUAACCUUUAUUGACGCAAUGGCUUCCCAUAUGCCACGUUUAGGCUAUAUUAAAUGUUUUGACAAUAUAGGCCUACCUGCUGCCAGAAAAUUAGACGCUGUUGUCAUACUUUGUGGCCUAUACUCGUGUGUUCAACUCUUUGUGUGGAAAAAAAGUGAUUCAAAUCAUAUUUAAUCACUGGAUUUGCCUUCAAUUACAUUUUCUUUUGUUGACACAUUAUGUGAUCAGGCGAUGGGGUGGAAUACGGAACAUGUGUGAAAAUAAAUAAAAAAUAUUCUAAGAGCAGAACAUUA